AGAAGGGAAUUCCAAGGAGAUUGGUGGCCCUUUUCACAGAGUAAGCAUUUUCCACAGGCGGGGUUAUGCCAACCAUUAAAUGACUAAUGUAUAAUUAGGCGGCUGGAUACUUAUAGUUGUCAUGUCCCUGGUGCCAGGGGAGUCCAGGACGACUGUGAAGGAGUGAGCAUCGAGGGAGGUUAGGCUUGGUUGACCAAGCCAUUUAUGUCUGUAUUUGUUUUUGUGUUCAGCUUUUGUGUUGGCAAUCUCAGCAGACAAGUGACUUAGCAGUGCAGACGGUGUGGUGGCUCUCCCUUAUGGCUUUUACAGUGAGUUUAUGGUAGAAGGUGCUGCCAGCCAGAAGGCCUGCUGUAAGGACACAAGUUGGACAGAAAGGGAGUGCUAGGAAAGGGAAAUUUAACACACUUCCUGUUCUGCUGUGGUGAAGAACAAGUCUUCUUGCCUGGGCCGGUUUAUCUGCUCUGUCCAUCUCUGCCUGGGGAAUUCUUUGAUGCUGAGCUGAUCAGAAGGUUAGAGUCUCCUUAUCGACUCCAUGCUUACCUCUGUUUGUUUUUAUUCCGAAGUUUGCUCUCUUAUUUUGCAAUAACCCACAGGGUGCUGGGUGUUGCGCCAGCCGUGCCUCAAUGAAGGAUCUUCAUUCAACACCUUUCCCUUCUCGUCACACCAGUCAAUGCGACUCCUGCGUUUUCCAGCAGCAUUCACUACGCAGUCCAGACUUUAGUCAAGCCCUGGUCGGAGGACAGAAAGGCUACCAGACCUACCGGGAUCUACCAUGGGAUCUUCAAAAAAUACAUCAACCAGCCAUCAAAAUAAGACAUCUCGAGCCGUGGAAAAUUGCUCUAAUUGUUAUUGGAACAGCAUUGGCAGCAGCCAUCACCAUUGGUCUCCUAGUUUAUUUUCUGGCAUAUGAUCAGAAGCUCUUCUAUUACAGUGGCAACAUAAAAAUCACCAACAUCCAGUACAGUAACGAAUUGUCCAGAGAGACCUCAGGAAGGUUUAGAGACCUGAGCGAGAGGGUUGAGAGACUGAUGGACAAGACAUUUCACAAUUCCAUUUUAAGAAAGAAGUACAUCCGCUCACGCUUAGUCAGAGUGAGCCCAGAUGCUGAUGGCGUGGUGGCAGAAGCUUUGCUCACGUUCUGGUUCUCUGCCACGGAUUGCAAAGAAGCGCUGCGCAAAAGAGUUGAAAGGAUCUUAUGGAGGGGUCUGAAAAAAUACACUGGGCCCCUGCGGAUAGAUGUCAGAUCUUCUACUGUCUCAACUGUGGAGAGGAGGAGAGCAGAAGCAAUCUUCAAUGACAUCUGCGGGUUACGGCAGAAUAGAUCAGUCAAGUCAAUAGCAAAAGCAACAUCCUUGCGAAUAGUUGGAGGAUUGUCUUCUGCAGAGACUGGAGACUGGCCUUGGCAAGCUAGUUUGCAGUACAAUAAUGUCCAUCGCUGUGGUGCAACGCUCAUCAGCAACACAUGGCUUGUAUCUGCCGCUCACUGCUUCAGAGAAAUGAGUCACCCUCACAAGUGGACUGCUACUUUUGGAGCUCUUCUGAAGCCACCAACCUUGAAACGAUCAGUCAAGACUAUUAUUAUUCACGAACUGUAUCGCUACCCAGAACACGAUUAUGACAUUGCACUUGUGAAGCUCUCUAAACAAGUUGAGUUUACGAGUAACAUACACCGUGUUUGCCUGCCUGAGCCAUCUCAGACUUUUCCAUAUAAUAUUUAUGCUGUCAUCACAGGCUGGGGAGCACUUACCAAUGACGGUCCAACUCCUAACGCUCUUCAGGAAGCAACAGUGAAACUUAUAGACUCAGAUACUUGCAACAGAAAAGAAGUGUAUGAUGGGGACAUAACACCCAGGAUGCUGUGUGCUGGGUACUUGGAAGGAGGAGUAGAUGCUUGUCAGGGAGACUCUGGGGGACCACUGGUUACUCCAGAUUCUAGACUGAUGUGGUACCUCGUGGGAAUAGUGAGCUGGGGAGAUGAAUGUGCCAAGCCAAACAAACCUGGAGUUUACACACGAGUGACUUAUUUCCGUGACUGGAUUACCUCAAAAACUGGCAUCUAAUUCCAAAAUCAAAAAUGGAUAUAAUUACAUAGGUUACAUGUUAACUCAUAAUUGUCUGUAUGUCUUGUGAAAUGUUAUUUUUUUUAAAGUAUAUGUAUUCCUAUUAGUUUUGGUCAAAGCAAGUUUUGCCUGCAUCUUUGCUGUCAGAGAUCCUAAGCUCUUGUGAAUUUAUGCUAAACGUGUGAGAUUGCUGUCCUCAUCUUCGAGCUUUGAAGCGUUCUCAUUUUUAUCAGAAAUUAUAAACAGGUGUUAUUAAACUAACAUUUAAAAGCUAGCAAUUUACCUCCUUAAUAAACACAAACAUUUUUUCAGGAAAUAAGAAUUUUUCUUCAGAUAUGCCUUAAGUCUGGAGAUGUCUACACUCUAAGCAUAAAGGAAGCUGAACCUUCUUCCUCCAGUGAAGCAAAUAUUGUCACAGCUGUGUUUCUAGGAAAGUGAACCCUUGAUUAUUAUUCUUGUUGGAGAUCAUCAUUUGCACAGACUGCAUCUGAGACCCUGGAUACUCACCCUGCUCAGUGGUCUUCAUAGCUAACAGUGGAUCCGCCAGGACUGAGGGUAGGUCCUAACGAAGGAAGAGGAGGAUUUCUGUGCUUGCGGUUAGUUCAGUGGGACAAGACAGAAGUUUGAUGUUCUUGUUAUAAAGCACAUUCUUUAAUAGAAAAAAUUUGGUAGAUAUUAUGAAGUUCAAGUUACACGAAAAUGCUACUGUAAAAGUGCUGUAUCGCAACACUGUGCUGCUACUUCUGAAUCCCCUUCUCUACAGACUGUUCAACUCGCAACAUGCGAAUGAUACAGAAGCACUAGCUCUACCAAACUUUAUUUGUAACGUGUGACCCCACCAACAAGCUCACUGGAAUGCAACCCAGCAUAUAAAUUUAUGCUCAAGGAAAAUAAGUGCUCGCCACACAUAGUCUGGGAUCUACCUUUUUACUUCAAGUCAAGAAAUAGUGUGCUUUCCAAGGGCAUACCAGCCAGCAACAGUAAUCUCACUGCGAAGAAAAUAAAUAGCGAUAAACCAUCUUGCUUCACUGAUGGAUUAAUUUCUGCCACGGAUAAAUAUGAUCCUGUCUUAUGAGUCUGAAGAGCAGUUUCAUAUUGAAGAACAGUCCAGAUGAAAACUUCAGAGUUAAUGCUACCCUUAUGUGCAGAUUAAGCACUUUUCCUACCUCUUUGCACAUCUACUAGACUGCUGGUGGAAGGGAGUCCAGUGACAUGACUGUUCCCUACAGCCCAGGCCUUCAAUAUAUGGUGCCAAAAUGUCAAUCCAGUACUGUCUCCUUCUGCUGUCUUUGAAUGGCCACAGGACUGCUUUUAGGCUGUGAAUACAGGACUCACGGGAGUCUGUACGAGACAUGAAAGAAGCUGCAAUCCCCACAGCUAAACUUAAAACAACUGAAAAUCUCUCCAGAGCAUCUCACCUCCUCUUCUGCUCAGGACUGGGUCUCUCCUCAGCCUUUCUACUGUGCAAGCUCUGUAAUAAUCAGAAUCCAUGGGAAUAGGAUGCUUAGCAUUUCCUGAAAACUCAAACCCUGAACGAAAAUGUACACAUCCUAUGCAGAAUCCUUAAAUCCUGUGUUGAAGCCUUAAAGGGGUGGGAGAGAGAUCGUCUUAUUUUUCAGCUCCUUCCAGUCUUUUUUUCUGUAUAUUUGAAUUUUAGUUAAAAAAAAAACACCACAAGACAACAAAACAAACAACCGUCAAAAAUGAAGAUGCCUUGUCUCAGAAAGAAUUCAGCUUUGCUUUGGAAAUAAUAGUAUCUUUCUUCUGAUUUUCCAUGUUCAUUUAAAAAUGAAAAGGAUCUUGGGACAGUUAGGAGGAUAGUCAGAUGCAGCAAAUCUGUUUCCUUAAUUUAUUGAUGAAGUUUGUAAUUUAUGCACUUUUGAGUUGCUGCUAUUUUUAAACUAAGAAUUUACUCUGGGCUAAAUACAAACUGUAGAGUUUAGGAUUAGGUCACUUGGGAACACUGUUUACUUGUAGUGUUCAGGUCCCACUUCUGUAACAGAAUGGGAAAAAGAAAUUACACCUAGUUUUUUUGUGCCUCUUAUUGUUUUGAAGCUGAAAGCCCUUCCUUAUAAUCAGCAGAUGAACUGCAAUUGAAAGUAAACUGUAGUUCACUUUCACAGAGAUGUAAGGCUUUGUUUUCCACUUAAAUCUACCAUUUUGCCUACAAAUGGAGGGGCAGCAAUAAGGGGUCAAGGCCCGGGUUAUCUAUAAUCCAUUUAAACUGGUUCCUACCUCACACUGAAAGUAACAUGUAUUUAAUACCUUUAAAAUGAGAAAGGCAGCCUUUAUUUCAGGUUUUAUUGUGAGAGGCCAAACAGCCAAGAGGCGUGUGGGAGAAUGUCUACCUUACUCAGGGAGUCCUGAGCCAGCCAGAUGCACUUUUCUUCACAAACUUUUAACUGUCUGGCCUGGGUUUGUCUUAUACUCCAUGUCAGUGUUUUAUUUAUGAAGACUCUGUUUUCUGCUGUAGAAUUAAACAAAGAGAGAGAGACUAUUGUGUGAUUAAGGAAAAAGAUUUUUAAAAACAUUUUAUUGUUGUUAAGAUUUAGUCAGGAUUUGAAUGAUAUAAAGGUAAUAUAUUUCAUAACAUUAAAUGUAUUUAAAGACAAUUGCUCCUUUUUUGUCCUUUCUUCUUUAAUAAUAACUAUGGUGAAA